AUGUCUAGAGAUGAAAUAGAUGUUGAAUUAGUAUUAUCUUUGAAGAGUAAACCUGAUACAUCCAGAAAAGAAGGUAAAACUCUUGAAGAUGAUAAGACAUCUAACGACGAUACAAUGUUUAAUGGCAAUACAAAUUCUAAAUUUGAUAUAAAAUCUCAAGAUAAUGAUACACGUGCAGAAGAAGAGUUCAUCAAAUACAAUAGGAGUUUCUCUAAAAAGGAAAAAAAUAUUAUUAAAUUACUAUCAUAUUGGAAGAGAAAUAAACUUGAUACAUCCAGAAGUKAAGGUAAAACAAUCGAAAACGAUAAGACAUAUAACGACGAUACAAUGUUUAAUGGUAAUACAAAUUCUAAAUUUUAUGUAAAAUCUGAACACAAAAUAACAACCAAAGAUGAUAAUAUUUCCAAAACUGUUAUAAAAUAUCAAGACAAUGAUACACUUGCAAAAGAAGAGUCCGCUAAUAAAAAACUGAAUUUGUAUAAAGAUAAAAUAGAUAUUGUUAAAUUGGCAUCAUGCAGUGAAAGUGAAAAAACUUUUACACUCAAAAAAGAUACAAUAUUCAAAGACUAUUCAAUGGAGUGUGAACCUGAUACAUCCAAAACUGAAGGUGAAACACUCCAAAAUGAUAAAACAUUGAAAGAUGAUACAAUGUUUAAGGGCAAUACAAAUUCUAAAGUUGAUAUAAAAACUCAAGACAAAACAACAUUUAAAGAUAAUAAAAUGUCUAUAAAAUCUCAAAUCAAUAAUACACAUGCAGAAGAAGAGUCCCCUAAGAAAAAACUGAAAUUAUGUAUAGAUAAAUUUGAUGUUGUUAUAUUACCUAACAACAGUGAAACUCGCCAUUUUAAAUCACAAUCUAUGUCUUCAAUAAGACCCCUUACUGAAAUUGCUUCCACUAGCACUAAGAAUGAGCCCAUGGUAACAGAUUGCGUAGCAACUGCCAAAUCAAAAAAUUCUUCAGAUAUAAAUGUAAGACACUGGCUUCACGUCGUUAAACCUGCAAAAAUGAUGACUAAACAUAAUCUCAUAAGGUGGAAUAAAAUGGAAGAUAUUUUUAAACUAUCUGCAAUUGAAAAAAUAUAUGUAAAGUAUUUUAACAAAUCCAUACAAGAUACUAUUGUCAUUAUUACCAAUAUACUCAACAUAAUUAUAAUAUCUGACAAAUAUCACGAAACAAGAAGUAAUGCAUCUUUUAAGAAAAAAACUGCUGCUGAAAGACUUAAGGAAAGUUGUGAUGCUGACCAAUUACAUGAAAAACAUACCAAAAUUCUGGAAACAGAGUUAAAGGGUUACUUUGCAUAUGGGGUAUCAAUUUUUGCAGAAUCGGAAUUUGAUUUAGCAUUUAAAAUGUUUUUUCUAUGUAUAUUAUCUGUACUUCGAGUUUUAGAUCAGUCUAGUUUCAAACUAGGUAGCGUCUUUAAGAAAUUAGCAACCUUAUUAUGGAAUAGUUUGAAAAACAGUAACUAUAAACAUACCAAAAUUUUUUCAAUGUUGCGUUCAAAGACAUUUAAACCAGAUUGUGUCAAAAUAAUAACUGUAAUUGAAGAUAGUCGGGUUGAUGACCCCGGGGUUGUCGACCGCAUGGAAUUGUUUUUUAUAUCAUCUGCAAUCAGUCUGAAAUAUUUUCAAGAUGUUAUCGAUGCUGUAACCGGUAAUUUGAAUAACGACCUGUCAAAAUUAAUUGAUGAUGCUACUCGUCUAUUUCGCAUUCAUUCAAAGUAUAAAGAUCCUGUAAAUUCAUCAACUGUACAACAACCAAAUGAUAAAAUACCAGUAACAAAAACUAUUCAAACCCCCCCCAACACAGUUGAAACAAUCCAAAACUGGCUCAUUGCCAAUAAUCCAAAUAUAACUUACCGACAAAUGCCUGUACCAAGUGUGGGCCAAACCAUUGUUAAUGCUGCAGUUGAACUACCAAUUGUAGCAAGAGUAGUACCAAUGAUUUCCAAUAAUUCUAUGAUGCAAUUUACAACAUCAUCAUYAAAAGCUGUAACAUUAACACCAUCAACAGGUUUAAAGGAGGCAUUUAAACCACCACUAUCAAUUAAAAAGUCARUGCCAAACAAUCUAAUCCAAAAUGCUGUAGGUGCAACUGUUGGAAUUGAUAACAAAUUAUAUCAAUUAAUUAAGGAUCCAUCUGGUGCACUACGAGCAUUUGUCAAUAAUGCUCAACUACCAGCAAUAGCCAAUAAUACUCAACUACCAGCAGUAGCCAAUAAUACUACCACUGAGUCCAAAUGUGAUACAAGACAUUGUAACAAUGAAGCAAUCUUGAUGUGCAGUGUCUGUAAUAUAGCAAAAUACUGUUGCAUAAACUGCCAAAAUGUUGACUGGUAUUGUAAUCAUAAAAAUGAAUGCCUGCAGAAAUAACUGCUAAACAAAUUGCAAACUCRACAUAGAACUUCCCGUUA